UCGUGUCUCCGGUCUGGCGGACGUUGCCUGUUCCAGGGAGUCACCUUGUCCCGGCUGCUGCAUCUGCUGUACCGGUGAGAGAGCUGGGAGACCCUCCGGCUCAGAGGCACACAGAGGCAGGCAGGCAGCUAGAAUCUGACCGGGGGACUGCGGGCUCUGACCGACCGACGGAAACAUGGCGGACAAGAAGCCCAAGACCUCCCCGAAGGCCAUCAAGUUCUUGUUCGGAGGCUUGGCCGGGAUGGGUGCCACAGUCUUCGUGCAGCCGUUGGACCUGGUGAAGAACAGGAUGCAGCUGAGCGGUCAGGGCACGAAGGCUCGAGAGUAUAAAACCAGCUUCCACGCUCUGUUCUCCAUCCUGAAGAAUGAGGGAGUCAGAGGCAUCUACACCGGUCUGUCUGCAGGUUUGUUGCGUCAGGCGACGUAUACGACGACUCGUCUGGGAAUCUACACCAUCCUGUUUGAGAAGAUGACCGGAGCUGACGGACGACCGCCAAACUUCUUCCUCAAGGCUCUGAUCGGUAUGACAGCUGGAGCUACAGGUGCAUUUGUGGGGACGCCAGCAGAGGUCGCUCUGAUCAGGAUGACAGCUGACGGACGUCUCCCUGCAGACCAGAGGAGAGGUUACACAAAUGUUUUUAACGCUCUGGCUCGAAUCACCAGAGAAGAAGGCGUCACCACGUUAUGGAGGGGGUGUGUUCCCACCAUGGCUCGAGCAGUGGUGGUGAACGCAGCUCAGCUGGCCUCUUACUCUCAGGCCAAACAGGCGCUGCUGGACACAGGUUAUUUUGGGGACGAUAUUUUGUGUCACUUCUGUGCUAGUAUGAUUAGUGGUCUGGUUACCACGGCAGCAUCGAUGCCCGUUGACAUCGUUAAGACCAGGAUCCAGAACAUGAGGAUGAUCGACGGGAAGCCCGAGUACAAAAAUGGUUUGGAGGUGUUGCUGCGAGUGGUGAAAAACGAGGGUUUCUUCUCUCUGUGGAAAGGUUUCACGCCGUACUACGCUCGGCUCGGUCCUCACACAGUCCUCACCUUCAUCUUCCUCGAGCAGAUGAACCGCCUCUACAAGACCCACGUCCUCGACCGCUGACACACACACACACACACACGCACACACACACACACACACACUGGAACACACACUGCCAUAAGCACACACGCAGCCAGCAUUUUGAAUGAAGCUCAGCGAGAGUCAGUGUUAAACCAGGACUGUACCUAGUUACACACACACACACACACACACACACACACACACACACACACACA